GCGGGGCGGCCGGAUGUGACGUCACGUCGGAAGCCCUGUCAGACGGGAACGGUGCACGUGUCCGGAGGAGCUGCAGGGAGAGCAUGAGCGGAGCUGCAACCGCCGCCAGAGAGGCCUCCGAAAACACUCGUUAUUUCUUCCGCAGCGCCGCUUUCUGCCCCGGUUUUAACCGUUAACUCACCCGGACGGCAGCGGCGACCACCGGCGGCCGGCUCACAGGCUCGGAGGCGGGAAGACGCAGCACGACGCGCGGAAGGUGAACUGACCGGGAAGCGGGGGUCAGAAAGUUCUGGAGUCCGCUCUCGCGUGUCCUCUCUCCGUGUUCGGUCGUUGGCUCUCAGCGGCUCCGUUGACGUCGGUUGCGGACUGAAGCGGACCGACUGGCUGGCUGCCGGGACGACAUGGCGGACUAUCUGAUCAGCGGGCAGACCGGUUACGUCCCCGAGGACGGGCUGACGGGACAGCAGCUGUUCAACGGGGGAGACGGGCUCACGUACAAUGAUUUCCUGAUUCUGCCGGGCUACAUCGACUUCACAUCUGACCAAGUGGAUCUGACAUCGGCGCUCACCAAACAGAUCACCAUGAAAACCCCGUUCGUCUCCUCUCCCAUGGACACGGUCACAGAGGCCAACAUGGCCAUCGCUAUGGCACUAACGGGCGGCAUCGGCUUUAUCCACCACAACUGUACUCCAGAGUUCCAGGCCAAUGAAGUUCGCAAAGUCAAGCGGUAUGAGCAGGGCUUCAUCACAGACCCCGUGGUGAUGAGCCCCAACGAGCGAGUGCGGGACGUCUUCCAGGCCAAAGCCCGCCACGGCUUCUGUGGCAUCCCCAUCACAGACAACGGCAAAAUGGGCGGCAAGCUGGUGGGAAUCAUCUCCUCCCGAGAUAUUGAUUUCCUGAAAGAGGAGGACCACGACCUGCCACUGAGCGAGGUGAUGACAAAGCGAGAGGAGCUGGUAGUCGCCCCUGCUGGAGUGACACUGAAAGAAGCCAAUGAAAUCCUCCAGAGGAGUAAGAAAGGUAAACUGCCCAUAGUGAACGAAGAGGGCUCCCUGGUGUCCAUCAUCGCUCGCACAGACCUGAAGAAGAACAGAGACUUCCCUCUGGCCUCCAAAGAUUCCCGAAAACAGCUGCUGUGUGGCGCCGCCAUCGGAACCCACAAUGAUGACAAGUACCGCCUGGACCUGCUGGUGCAGAGUGGAGUGGAUGUGGUCGUACUGGACUCAUCUCAGGGCAACUCAAUCUUCCAGAUCAACAUGAUCAAGUACAUUAAGGAAAAGUAUCCCAGCCUGCAGGUCAUUGGAGGGAAUGUGGUGACUGCAGCUCAGGCGAAGAACCUGAUCGAUGCCGGAGCAGAUGCGCUGAGAGUGGGGAUGGGCAGCGGCUCCAUCUGCAUCACACAGGAAGCUCCCCUCAGUGUGCCACCAGCUAUAAAGCUCCACAGCCCCAAAACCCCAACCACUGUUACGGGAUACUCCAUGCUGGCAUGUGGCAGACCCCAGGCCACGGCUGUGUAUAAAGUUUCGGAGUACGCCAGGCGUUUCGGUGUGCCGGUCAUCGCUGACGGCGGCAUCCAGACCGUCGGACACAUCGCCAAAGCCCUGGCCCUGGGAGCAUCCACAGUGAUGAUGGGCUCUCUGCUGGCUGCCACCAGUGAAGCUCCCGGUGAAUACUUCUUCUCUGACGGCAUCAGGCUGAAGAAAUACCGCGGCAUGGGCUCCCUGGACGCCAUGGACAAAAACCUGGGCUCCCAGACCAGAUACUUCAGUGAGAGCGAUAAGAUCAAAGUGGCUCAGGGUGUUUCGGGAGCAGUGCAGGACAAAGGCUCCAUCCACAAGUUCGUUCCCUACCUGCUCGCCGGCAUUCAGCACUCCUGCCAGGACAUCGGAGCCAAAAGCCUCACCCAGCUCAGAGCCAUGAUGUACUCCGGAGAUCUGAAAUUUGAAAAGAGAACAACGUCGGCCCAGAUGGAGGGCGGAGUCCACAGCCUGCACAGUUAUGAGAAACGUCUCUUUUGAGCCUUCGGGAGGAGAAUCCCCUCCAACAGACAUAUUAUGCAAACACACACUACUCGCCAGACCUGCUUACAGUCAGACUCUACACACGCACAACUUACCCGUCAUAAAAGAUUAGCGUGUAAAGAUCAACGCACCACACUUCAGCGGAUCCAUCAGUCUUCCUGCCAUCUAUGCAUCGUCUGUGUUUAGUGUAGAGGUGUGUGUGAGUGUGUGUGUGUGUGUGUGACGGAGAGGAAUCGAGCAUUUGUCAAUCAGUGCACGUGUGAUUGAGUCAAAUGUGGAAUCUUCAUGUCGUCUUCAAACGUCUCCGUUCAACUGCUGUGUUCAUUUUAAAGCAAAAAAGUCGUCCAAGAAUAAAGCUUCUGUGUUUUUCCACAA